CUGCCACUAAAGACCAAGGGUCUCAGUCUCAUCCAUAUAAAAGACGCACUUGAGCUGAUCGUAUUAAGCAGUUGCAUUGCAAGCAGCAUCACCACAGCAUCAGUCAGCACUCAAAAAAAGCAACGUAACCCCCAAUUCCCAGCAAGAUGUACAAAUAUCUGUUCUGCCUCGCUCUCAUCGGCUGCGCCAGCGCCGACAAUAUCAACAAGGACGCCCAGAUCCGUAGCUUCCAGAACGAUGCCACCGAUGCGGAGGGCAACUACCAGUACGCCUACGAGACCAGCAAUGGCAUCCAGUUCCAGGAGGCGGGUAAUCCCAACGGGGUCCGCGGUGCCGUGGCCUAUGUGUCGCCCGAGGGCGAGCACAUCUCGCUGACCUACACGGCCGACGAGGAGGGCUACCAUCCGGUGGGCGACCAUCUGCCCACCCCGCCCCCAGUGCCCGCCUACAUCCUGCGCGCCCUGGAGUACAUCCGCACCCAUCCCCCGGCGCCCGCCCAGAAGGAUCAGCAGUAAUCCCGCGGAGCAGCAGCUCCACUGCCAGCAACACACAUCCACAUCCCAACUGGCGGCCAGUCAUUGUUAUUUAGGGACGUUACCAGUAGUUAUUGUUAAUAAAGAACGUCGAUACAGGAA